AUGACGCGUGAACGAGCUCUGGUUAUAAUCACACUAGAAAGCCAUCGUCAAGCUUGGGAUGACACCCCUGAUGCUACGAGUGAGAAACAACACAAGGCAUCUUAUUCGUGUCCUAAGCUGCCCCAAGUCCCAACCAACCCGCAGGGUGGAGAGGACGACCUUCCCGUCAACGUUAGGAAAAUUGGGAAUGAGGUUUUGACUGAGUCGGGCAAUACGAGGACUUUCUCGACUCCUAGAUCCUUCAAUCCUCCUUGUGCCCUGCUGAAAGAUCCACAUUGGGCGACUUUUUUAGAGCCAAGCUCUGUUUUGAGAACUGAUGUCGAAGCCAUCCAGAGUCAAUACCAGUUUCCUACGGGCGUCUCUGUUCAUGCCCCUUCUCUAGACGAGCCCUACAACCUUCUCCGGGCAAGAAAGCAUCACUUUUUCUUCGUUUCGGGGACUGGCUGGGUGUUUGGCAAGGGUGCUGCUGAUGCUCUUCGAGUUCCUCGCUCUUGGGGUCAUCUCUUGAGUUUGGGUAAGGCUCUCAGCCCUUAUCAUGUAUACAACCUCUGCCAACUCGAGGUGGUGCCCAUUAGACGGAUGACCGUAGCCCCUAUUGCGACUUCUGCUACUGUUCCUGGCUGCCACCCUUAUGUUACCCAUGGAGAGAAAAUACUUCACGGGUCUCCCUCCACUCCUGGAUCCUCAAGCUCUAAGAGUAGGUUCUUUGUUUUUGAUGAGCUUGAGCUUGAGUUGGUUGUCAAGAAAAGGCAGCUCUUUUGUGCUGAGGCCGAGAGGGAUAGACUUUCCAGGGAGAAUGCUCAAUUGAGAGAGCAAGUGAAGGAGCUGAAGAGGAGGGAAUCUAGGCCAUAG